CAACUAUCUACCAGAACAACAAAUUCGGAAGCCCCUCGUACAACUUUGUUAUUGAACAACUGAACUGUUCUGGCAAAGAAAACGAUCUCCAAGAAUGUCAGUCCGAACCUUGGUCUGAGACGUCGAAUACGUGCAACUCCAGUAACAACGCUGUGGCAAUUAACUGCAGACCACACACGCCGACCAGAUUGCAAGGAAAUGAAACCACUAAGGGAACGGUUGAAGUCUAUUUUGACGGUUCAUGGUAUUUGAUGUGCGCAUACAACUUCAACUUCAGAGAGGCUGCCGUCGUUUGUAAUAAACUUGGAUAUAAAAUCGGGACACCUGAUAUACGUUCUGGAGUAUACGAAUCCGCUCUGAUCUAUGGUAUGACAUGCCAAGGAGAUGAGACGGACAUUUCUCAGUGCCAAUUCGGACACUACUUUGGGUCCUAUCCAUGGUCUCCUACAACGUGUUGGUAUAACAGUUAUUACGAAUAUGAUCGUCGUGCAGGAGUCAUAUGCAGUAAUAACCGUAUAAGACUCGUGAGCCAAGUGAACAAUUAUCAGGGACGAGUGGAGUUCCAGUACUACGGUGUUUGGGGAACUGUGUGCAACAAACACUUUGAUCAAGAAGAUGCGCGGGUCGUUUGCAGACUGGCUGGGAUCGAUAGUGCAGGGAACUUUACGCUUCACACAAAUGUUUACAAGUUUGGACAAGGGUCAGGUAACCUGAUUGUAGAGAACCUACACUGCAACGGAACUGAGGCAGAUAUCGACGAAUGUGCUUCGUAUCCGUGGAAAGAAAGUUCUGCCCAACCCCCUUGCAAUGCGCAUUUAUACGAUGUCGGAGUUAACUGUAGACCUGUUACUCCAAUGCGCCUAGUAGGUGGAACGAACUAUUCUGGAAGAGUUGAAAUUGAAUAUGAAGGCGCUUGGGGCACGAUCUGUGACAGAGGUUUCGAUAUAAAUGAUGCGAAAGUCAUUUGCAGAAUGAAAGGAUUCAAUACAGAGAGUAUUGAAAUACGUUUAAACGGAUUUUACGGAAACGGUAAUGGCAGAAUAUUUAUUUCGGAUCUCUUAUGUACUGGCGAUGAACCAGACAUUUCCGAAUGUAACGUGGGUCGUCGAUGGAACAAUACAAAUACCCUUUGCACUAACAUCAACGACGUAGCCGUCCAAUGCAACACACCCGUUCGAGUACGAGAUGGUCUAACAUUUUAUUCCGGAAUCGCCGAAGUUUAUAUCCAUGGUGGAUGGCGACGAAUAUGCAAAGACAAUUUUACGAUACAAGAUGCACUUACACUGUGUACUCUGGCCGGGAAAAGAGAUAAUUAUAAUGGGAACGUGACGAUUCAUAACCAGGAUUUCGUCAAUAUGCCGUUUGAAUAUACGCCUAUUGGAGAAUUUGGUUGCAAUGGCAAUGAAGAGGAUCUUUAUGAAUGCGGUUCGGGUCAAUGGCUGAAGUCAUCAACGGCGUGUCCUAGCGGAGAAAACGUUGCUCUCAAUUGUCGUGCUCAAACACCGGUUCGUUUGAUGGAAGGGCUACAAGAAGCAGCAGACAUAGAGCAAAACCCGAUUAAAGGAAGAGUUGAAGUGCAGUACAGACGAUACGAUCAAGAGCUGCAAAAGUAUCGCGAUGACCACUGGGGGACAAUAUGUGAUGAUGAGUUUGGUGAUGACGAUGCAUUGGUACUUUGUUCUAUGAUGGGAUACUCUGUUGGAAAGGUAUAUCGACCAUACGAAGCUUACGCUUUGUUUGGAAAUGAAACAAUUAUAUUGGACGACUUGCAAUGUCUCGGAGUUGAAGAAGAUGUGUCCGAGUGCAAAGCACGAGAGUGGGGUACUCAUGACUGCGUACAUGACGAAAACGUCGCAAUUUACUGCAAUUACCAGGAAAACAUUGACCCAUGUGACAAAGAAAACUACAAGAGGCUUCCAAAUUUAGAACUGCGAUUAGUAAAUUACAAAACAACUUCCAAGCCCAUAAACGAUAACAAAUUGUCGUUAAACUGGUACUUUGUUGGAAACAAUACGUUGCCUGACAAAGAACCGCCUUUUAACAGAUGUGCUACUGUGUUCCCGUUAUACAGCACGGAUCCGAUUCCUGUGCUUGGUGCUGGGGUUAAAUCACUGAAAGCUGAACAAUCGGGCAAUUCAAGUAUCACUUACGAUAUUCAAGCCAAGAAUUGCGGGAGUUACUUUGUGUACAGAUUAGGGCCAACAAAAACGAAGGACAGCGGUUAUUGCUUUGGUAUAGGCUCAGAAAUACCCCCACCAGCGUUUGUUGCCAGGAGUGUUAUCACGGUGCUUGAGAAUAAUAGUAACUCGGUUUGGUUCAGAUGCAAAUUCGACCCAGAUGCAGAACACAAUUUAACUUAUCAAGUUCAAUGGCAUGUUUCCGGAAAUUCAGAGCAUAUUUUAACAAAACAGUACUGUCAAAACACAAACAUGCAUCCUUGCUUUCUACCUGAGAAAGACUUUGCUGAUAUGCAUGUUGGCAUGGGAACGAACGUUUCAUGUGCUGUUCGUGCGUUCAACGAAGAGGGUGGGCAACCAGGACAGUUAUCGAUGUUUUCGGAAACAUUUUUUGUGGGUAUUAAGCUCCUUACACCGUACGUCUCCGUUCGAAGAGGUGAAAUAAAGUCGAUUGAAUUACAGUUCACCGUUCCGAUUUUCUGUAGAAACGAACUUGGAUGCAAAGCCACGCUUGAUUACUUUACUCCAGAUUACGGCACGAACUGUCCAGAUGUAGAGGGAGACUUUCCAUCCGGAUGUUCUCAAACAGUCGGGGCGCAACCGGUAGGGAAAAUAUUAAACGUUGAUGUUGGUGCAGCCGAAACUGGCCAAUACGGAGUUGCCGGAAAGUUCACGAUUUUCUUACAAAUGCACAAAAAUGAAAACGUUGCAUUUUUGGAUGUGCCGUAUAAACUGCCAGCAAUUGAGGUUGAAAUUCUACCUGAAGCCGACAGACAGUGGCAAGGAAAACUAUGCGGUGCACGAAACGACCCGCACAUGUACACUUUUGAUGGAAGAUCGUAUGAGCAUCACGCUGAAGAGGGCGAUUACAUUUUGUAUAAACAUACAAAAUAUGAAAAUAUCGAGGUCCAGCAUAGAAUAGCCAACUGCACAGAUGGUAAAAGUCAAGCUAAAUGUAACUGUGGCGUUGCCGUAAGGGCCGGACGUGACGUAUACGUCAUUAACGUUUGUAACGGAUACAUCGACAUUGGCUAUAGGCAGUGCUUGGAUAAAGCAUUGACGGUGAAAAAAGAAAACGACUAUACAUACACGAUCUAUCUACCAUAUGGAACUGCGGUCCGGACCCGCAUAGAUAGCGCUCCGUUUAUGGGCGAAGCCGGUGGAAGGGUAUUGGACAUUUCUGUAAACCCUUCAAACAAAGAUACCAACGGUAACAGUACAGGGUUAUGUGGAAGUCUGAACAAUGAUCAAUCAGAUGAUUUUGAGAAUCAAGACGCUUUUAUCAAUACGUGGAAGGUCAAGCUAAAUUCAUCCUUGUUUGCUAGCGAAAUGUACCAUAUGGAUCUAGAACCUUGGGUGUUUCCAACUUGCAGCUGCAAGAAGAACAAUAUUGGAAACAAUGACUAUACAUGUGACAGGAGUUUAACUGGAUGUACACGAGGAACUUUAACAGGAUAUCGCAGUUGCAAUGAAGUUACAAAUAGUCGACCCGUUCGUUCAGUAAGUGGAGAUGUUAAACAAAGACAUAUGCGAAUACCAGUGACACAUCAGCGCAGCAGCAACAAAUCUGUUUCUAAGAGGAGCACCAACACUUGGACUGUUGAAAAUGCCAGGCUUCAUUGUGAAACCCAAUUGGCUACGAUACAAACUCUUUGCAAAAAUAUUCCAAACACACACACAGAUGUAUCUGUAGAUAACUGUGCAUUGGAUAUAAUGCUUGCUAACUCCACUGAAUGGUUGUCCAUGUCAAGGCAGUCUAUGCUGGAAACCUGCCAUAAUGAAAUUCAUCGUAACAGUACUGUAAUUAGGCAUUUAAUUGAAAAAGCGGAGGGAAAUCACACGGCCGACAAUAACGGUACGACGAAAGAGGAACUCGAAAAUCUCCAGUUGCUACUACAGAUUGGUCAGGAAAUUGAGAAAAAGUUUUGCAUCAAUAAUUGUAAUGGUCGCGGACAAUGCACUAACGGUACGUGUACGUGUGAAUUGAACUAUGGCGCCAUAGAUUGUUCAAUUGAUUUGACCAAGCCACCGAAGAUUGCGUUAAGGAAUGACAGUCUCUGUGAUACGAAUAAAACAGACUGCUCUGAUAUUUUUGUCAAUGGCGGUGAAUUUUCAUCUUCGAACUUGACAUGCAGAUUGAAAUGGUUCACUGUUGACAUUAAUGGAAGUGUCAGCGAAGAUGAAACAGUAUUGGUUCCUGGUGAGGCCGAAACACUAGGAACGGCAAUUUGUCCUGCUAACAGAUUACGACAACGUAGAUCGAGUGCAAAUACGUUUGUCCGAGGACUUCGUGUUUCCAUCAGCAAUGAUGGAUAUAAUUUCAACGAAGAUCAACAGGGAUCUGUCUACAUUUACAAUUCUGAGUGCCAGCUGUAUUAUACUAAUUCUGAGACAGCAUUAAACCUAACAUUUGCGCUGAAAGAUGAAUACUGUUUUAUUGAAGACAAAUGUUACAUAUACGGUACACUAGAUGUAUCGAAAGCGUUUAUAUGUGACCCCGCAACUGAUAAGACAUCGUGGACUAUAUACGUUCCUCCGUUGGAUUGUAAAGACCCAGAAGCGUGUAAGAAAAUAUCCCACUCCGUAUGCGAGGUAAUUGCUAACGUUGCGAAUUGCAAUUGCAAAAGAGGCUACAAACUAGAGGAAGAUGAAUGCAAAAAAAUCGACAAUAUUAUCGAUGAUACUCCGGUCCCAGACGGCCAUGCCAGCUUGGUUGUGGAGAUAACUCUAGACUACGAAUUCCCGGCAAAUAUAAAUAUCGACUCGGCAUUCACCUACGAGCGGUAUAGAACGAUAUUGGUCAAAGAGCUUUCAAGCUUCUACAAAAAUGAACUGGGAAAUCGACUUGACAAAGUGCAAAUAAGAGACAUCAAGAAUGGCAGUCUCAUUGUUGAUCACCGUGUGAUAUUUGUUCAACGCGAACAUAUUCUAAGUGAUGUCACCAAAGCAGUAGUUAAACUGUUCCAAUCCAACAUCACAAUAAUGGAUAAGAAUGCUCGAAUCAUCAGUGUAUCCCUAGGGGAAGAUAAAGUUCCAAUUGACCACGGUUUAGACGCCAAAUGUCGCGCGUUUACAAGUGUAAAACCGUGUCAACACGACGAGGAAUGUAUUAUUGUUGAAGGUGUCCUUCGUUGCGUGUAA